AUGGUUGCCGACAUCUUUAGUUUGAAGAAACAGCUCGUAGUGUAUGGUUCACACCACAACAACAAGGUCAAUGUAGCUAUUCAUAUGGUCUUUGUACCUACUAUUUUUUGGACAGCGCUUGUCUUUGCUUCCAAUACAGGACCACUUGUCAACGUAGAUGGCACACUGUUUGCCUUCUUGAAACCAUUUGGUCCCAAUCUAGCUUUCUUUACUGUCGUCUUUUAUUUGACCUAUUAUGCAAUUUUGGACCCCAUUGCAGCUAGCAUUGCUUCACCCAUCUUGGUUGCCAUGAGCUACACGUCCACCAAGUUCUUAGCCACUAACCCCAAAGCAAACAAAAUUGCAUUAGCAGUUCAUAUUAUUUCCUGGAUUUUCCAGUUCCUGGGACAUGGUUUAGCAGAGAAGAGAAGCCCCAAGUUAUUGGAUAAUCUUGUGCAAGCACUUGUAUCAGCACCCUAUUUUGUCUUCUUUGAGGUUUUGUUCUUUUUGGGCUACAGACCUAAAUUAUACAAGGAGGUCAUGAUGGAGAUCAACAAGGAUGUUGCUGAUUUCAAAGCAAAGAGAGCAGCUAAAACGUCAGGCCCCAGAUAUCAGUCCAUUCAAUAA